UCGUUGCACGCGUCACACGUACAACGGUACAAUCAGCAAACAAACGCGAUAUAUUUUUUUCGUUCUUUACUUUCGGUGACGAAGCCAAAUUCUAGCAAGCAAAACUUAAAGCACACGAAUACGUUUAAUAUAUAGAUCAUUUGUGGUUGUUGCUUGAGUGAAAGUCCCAGUGACACGCAUAGGUCGGCGGUUUCAAUGAAAGGUUCGUUUGGCGUGCGACGUUUGGCGAAGGAGCGGUCGUCGUUGCGUGCGUGAAUAUUAACCCGGUUGUGGCACGAAACGAAUUUGCGAGCUAAGCUGCUUAGUGUGCGUUGCCGCAGCAAAUUUAAGUGCAACAAACAAGUGUGUGCAAAUUCGCAAACAUUACAACAAACACACACACUCACAAGGUGUUCAAGUUGAGCCGAGCGUUGUGCAGUUGCGAGCAGAACUUUUCUAACGAAAUUAUGUCAAACAGAAAAAUGUGUGGCAAAUGCUAGUGUAACAACAGCAACUUCUUAAAUACAACAAGUGCUCAGCUGGCUUUUGCUAGAAAUCGAAUAAAAAAUUGCAGAAAAAAGUGAUUUCCGGUGAAAUUCGAAAUGAUUUACGCAAACACGCAGCGUCUGUGGCAAGCAGGCACGCAACAGUCGUGCAUGUAAAUUGUGCCAAUGCGUAUGCCAGGGUCCUCAGCAAACCUUGAAGUGUUUUAAAAGCAUUACAAAUAUAAAAAAUUAAAUUUACAAAGCGCACUUUAAGGCGUAAGCGCGUACUUACAAAAUUUAUAAAAGUAAUAAAAAAAAUUUCGAACGCCAAAAAGUUAGCGCCCGUGUGUAUACCGUUUUAAAAUUGCCAAAAUUUCCGCGCACAAAUACAAACAGCAACACAAGCACACGCCCACAUAUAUACACAUACAAAAGCUUAGCGCACAAAUGCACCUACACCCACUCAUACCCACAAAACAAAUCGAACUUAUUCCCCGGGUGUUGGAUAUGUGCGUCUAAAAGGAUGAAACAGGAUUACCAGCGAAUUCCGAGCUCUAAUGCCAAUGCAAUAAUGUUUGAAAAUGUUUUCGAGUGAAAAGUGUAACAGUGCAGAUAACAAUAUUAAAUUUCCAAUGCAACAACAACACAUUUAAAUCAAGCGGAAACGCGAAAAUUUCCAACCAAAAAUUUCCUGGUUAUAAAUAAUAAAUAUUUCCGCUGAAAAAGUGCUUGACACCACGCUAAGCGCUUACACCCACAGUUGGCGCGUUAAAUUGACAAGAAACUUCUUAUAACGCUAAAACCCAAACUGCAACACUUCACUGUUCUGUGAGUUUGUUACUCAAAAUCUAACUCAACUAGUGACUCCAAGUUGCGCGUGGAAAAAGUGAAAUUAAUGCACACAAACGCGCACAUACAUUUUCGUGAUAUUUGAGAGAGUAAAACGUGAAAUUAGUGUUGGAAAAUGUGUAAAAAACGUGCGGCAGCAGCGUUCCUGCUGUUAGUGCUGACCAUAAUUGGCAGUUAUACCACACAGGGUGAGCAACAUCCAGCGACGGCGGAUGAAGGUCCGCUAUCGGAGGUGCAAACAGCCGUGGGGCUGGAGGUGGCGCUGCCAUGUGACCUAUUGCCGGGCACCAUGUCGGCUGAUAAGGUGCAAUUGGUCAUCUGGUAUCGACAGGGCAACGUCAAGCCAAUUUAUACCUUUGACGCGCGCGGCCGUCCACUGCAUCAGGCCAUACCCUGGGCGGACGAGAAUGUCUUCAAGAACAAGGCGCACUUCUACUACGACACAAAUCCGCCGGCGCUGCGCAUUAAGAACAUACAACUGAGCGAUGCGGGCCUCUAUAAGUGUCGCGUGGACUUUCAUAAAUCACCGACGCGCAAUUGGCGCAUUAAUGUGACAGUCUUAGUGCCGCCCACACGCUUAACAAUACUGGAUCACAAUGGCGCUGAAAUACGCGACCAAUUGGCCGGUCCCUACUUGGAGGGCGACAGCGUUAAUCUGACGUGCCUGUCCAGCGGUGGUGUGCCGCCGCCGCGCGUCUCCUGGUGGCGCGAACACGCGCUCGUCGACGACUCCUUCCAUGUGCAGCCAGAUGGCACCGUUCGCAAUAUACUACACUUGAAAAAUAUCGCACGGAAGGAUUUACUAACGGUUUACACGUGCCAAGCGAGUAACGGACAUGUUGUGGCGGCUCUGACGAGGAAAGUUGUGCUGGACAUGAACUUACCGCCACUAAGUUUGCUGCUGCAAGGUCUAAAUCACGCGCUCAUCGCUGGCACGCGCACACAUGUGACCUGCACCGCAGUGGGCGCACGACCAGCGCCACAAAUUGUGUGGAAAAAAUCGGGGCAGGUGCUCAAGGGAGCAACACAGUCGACUUCCAGUGAUGGCAACACCACCGUCUCCGAGCUGAUGCUUAUACCGGUGCCCGAGGACAACGAGCGUCAAGUAGUCUGCUCCAUUUCAUUAAAUCCAUCUAUAACGUCGCAGCAGCUGCACGAGGGCGAUACGACCGUGUUGACGGCUCAGAGCAAUGGCAAUAUGGGAUUGUAUUUGAAGGAUUCGCGCGUGCUGAAUGUGACACAUGCACCCAUUGUCUCGCUGCGCUUGGGCGCACCUCUGGAUCCGAACAACCUGCUAAAGGGCUCCGAUGUCUACUUGGAGUGCGAUGUAAAGGCGAAUCCGGGUAUAACCCGGGUCGAGUGGUAUCACAAUGACAAACAGCUGCAUCUCUCACGCGGUGUUAUCAUCUCCAAUCAGACGCUCGUGCUGCAAGGAAUUUCGAAAAUAUCACACGGCCAGUACUUCUGUCGUGCCACAAAUAUACAAGGAAGUGUGUCCAGCAAUGAAGUCUAUUUGGAUGUGAAAUAUCCGCCCGUAUGCAAAGCCGAAUCGACGACCAUACGCGCCGCCCUCAAGCAGACCAUCAACAUUACGUGUCAAGUGGACUCGAAUCCACUUGAUAAUCUAAAUUACAGAUGGCAUUUCAACAAUUCACUAGAGAGGCUCAUCGAAUUGCCCGCAACGUUGGCGACGGCGCCGGCCGCUAUGCCGCUACUGCUCUAUCCGGAUGUUGGUGGUGCAGCUGGAGGGCACACAUCCGGCGGAUAUUAUCAGCGUAGCAAGCGGAAGCAUGGUCAUGCGCAAAAAUUUCUGCUCGGCCGACAUGGACGUGUUGCGGCGGCCGCCAGUGUAUUGGGCAGCGGCAACGUCGCCGGAAGCGCAUGGUCCAACAUUCGUUUCGAAGAUGUCGACGAACAGCAAAUGCCGCCCCACCAAUAUGUCGAUGAGUACGAUGACGGUGAAUUUAUAGAAAACACUAACAGCAACAACGACGACGACGACGAGGAUAUGGGGCUCGGCGGCGAUGUGGUCGCUAGCGUGCCGCGUACACAAAUGGUUUAUUCGAAUAUGAUUUAUAAAAAUCAUUUGGAUAACCGACAACAACAACAACAACAGCAACAACUGCUGCAGCCGCAACACGCACAGCACACACACCAACAACAACAACAGCAACAGCAGCAAUUUUCGGCGCACCAACAUCAACAGCAAGGCCGCAUGGCUGGCGGCAUCGGUGGUGGUGGGCCGUUGGGUGGCGGCGCUCAUGACAUGCUCCCACAUGGCAAUCAAUUUCAGUUGGCCGAACGCAAACGACUCACGGCAGCGCUGCACAAAAAACAACAUCAUCGUCCAAUGGCCGGUGUGUCGAUGACCACGCAGCCACCAGCGGCGCCACCGCUGAACAACGUCUACAGCUACCACAUAGAUUCGUACGAUAGUUUCGGCGCGAUCUCGUGCGUUGCCAGCAAUGCGAUGGGCCACAGCGAGCCCUGUUGGUAUCACAUACAGCCGGCAGACUUUCCCGACCCGGUGAAGAACUGCACGGCCUACAAUGCCACCGCCAACUCCAUACAAAUCCAGUGCAUCGCCGGCUAUGACGGCGGCAUACCGCAGCACUUUCACGUGCAAAUCAAGGACGAACUCACCAAUCAAAUACUCUACAACACUUCCUACAAGUACGCCGAGUUCACCAUCAAGCGACUGCCGAGCGAUUCGGUCUUCGUGAUACGCGUAACGGCCGUGAACGCACAAGGACCGAGCAAAGUAGCAUACCGCGUGCGCGGACGUACACUCUCCGCACCGCUGCUACGUACCGCCUCCUCCACCGCUGUGUUGGUGCAGCUGACACCGCUGCUCGGCGCCUUGCUGGGCAUUGUCGCCACGGUCGUGCUGAUCGCUAUCUGCAUUGUGAUUUUCCUACGUGUACGCCCGAAGGCGACGCGUCGCCCGAACGGUGAUACCACCACCACGGAGGCGGAUAAGGGCAGCGCCGAGCCGCUGUCGCGUAACAUGGGCAGUCACUCGAGCUUGGAGGACAAGAAUCCCGAUGUCGUGCCGCAAGAGACAAACAGCGAGGAUGAAUUUCACUUGGAGGAGAAGGCGUUCGAUCGGCUGAACAUCGAGUCGCAGCGCAUACUGUACACGCCACCGACGCGCAUUAAUACGGCGUCUCCGCCACCGCCUUCGCUGUCGCCCACAUUUGGCAAGCAGUAUGGCGAACUCUCGCUCACCACCAAUCCCGCCUUCAGCCUAUACAACACGCCACAGCGCGCGCCCGCCGCCCAACGCCCCGUCUACACCGCACCACCGCCGCUGCUCUCCACACGCACGCCACCCAACAUCUACACACGCAUACCCGGCCGCUCCUACCUGCCCGCCUACGAGACGCGCACCUCACCCACCUCACCCUACGGCUCGACCACCACCUGCACCAUACCGCUGCUCAGCGGCCAAUCCAACGGCUCUCUACAAACGAACAGCAGCACGCUGGGCAGCACUUCGGGCGGCGUCGGCACCGGCGGCAUGGGCGGUGGCAGUCUCACCAGCAACGCCAGCAGCGGCAUGCACUGCAACACCUUGCCACAUCCGGGCGCUUUGCAGCAUCACGCCUCGGCGGCCGCAGCUGCCGCGGCGGUGGCAUCCAUGACGACAAAUGGCAUGCCCUCGACGCUCACCUCAUCGAUGACAUCGGGGAAUAUUAGCCUGGCCGCAACACAGUCGCUGCUCACUUCGCCGCGCACGCACAACGGCGCCGGCGUUGGUGGAGCUGGUGGUGGCAGCGGCGCGCUCUCACUUGGCGGCAUGAGCAUGGGCAUGUCAGCGGCUACAGCGGCUGCAACGACGGCCGGCAUGCCGUUACUCAACUCAUCGUCCGCGUUGCUGGGCAGCGGCAACUAUGAGACAGUGGCCUCCUGAGAAUUACCGAAAGAUGACAUUAAGUGUCAAUUUGUAUGCAUCGGUGGGAGUAGUACGUGUACGAGCAACGCGGAGCGCACCACAAUCGUCUAGUGGGACGUGGGUGCGCAAAUGGAGAUGCGGAAGCGAUGGAGAAAGUGCCGUUAUGCGGGCAUUGUGUAAAUUACUUGUAAUUUAAAGACUUAGCAAUAAGACAGCAGAAGCAGGUUCACUUGUGACAAAACGCCGGCCGAGCAAGUGGCGAAAGCAAGUGUGGUGAGUUUUGAGCGUGAAAUUUAACUUUGACUUAUUUUCAGAAAUUAUGUGUGCGCUGAGAAACAAUGUUUUGUAGCAAAAAAAAUUCAGUUUCUGUAUCAUCGCUGAACUACUUGCACAAAGUACCUUAAGUAACUGCUAAAAUAUUUUUUAGAAUAAAGUAAAUUUUGUAUAUUUAAUGCAAUUACUUUCUUGUCAGUUGGCACAAACGAGUUUCUAAAUUUAGUUUUUAGUACAAAAGUGUGCAGAAAUGCCAGAAAUCGGCGCGAAUUUUGCAAAGUGAACAAACAUAUAUAAGACUUCCAAAUGAAAUGCGUAGUUAAGUUAUAGUAGAACCACUUAGUGCGAUAUAUGAAUGUAUGUGUGUACUAUAAAUCAUAAAAUGUACUUUAGAUCUAGCCAACUACAACUACCGCUAAGGGCAAUGCAUUUAUAAAACAAGUACCUUUACGCAUAUCAUUUAUAAAUAUCUAUCUGUGUGUAAAAGCGUUUGCCUAAAGAAAAACCUGAAAAUGUUUGUAAGCUUAAAUGGCGCUCACAGUGUCGCUGCUAUGUAUACCUAGUUCCUUAACUGAUUUGAGUAAAGAGCGCGGUAUGAGUUGUGUAUUUUAGUUCUGUUGGUUCUUUUAGGCAUGCUGCCAAUGUUUUGCAAAUUUGUGGCGCAGCUAAACUCUCUUGCCACAUGACUUUUGAAAGACUUCGUAAUAUAAUUGAAAGAAGCCUAGGCGGGCAUAAAGUGGUCCGGAAACUUUUUUUAUGCUUGCUUGCUAUUUAUAUAAAUUGUUCCUAUGUUAUUUUCUAGUAGCCUGUGUAUUGUACUAUUUUCUUAUGCUCGCGCCAAAAUGUAGGCAACAGUUUUUAAAUUAAUAACAAUUUCC